UACGUCAUCACAGUCCAACCAAUCACAUGCUUUGGAGGGUUUCCGAACCCCAAAACACGGAAACGCAGAAAACGGUUUCCGUUGACGUCGCCUUCUCUGAUUUAAGGUUUCCCAUAGGUUCGUUUCAGUUGUUAAUUUGGCUAAUUGUCGCUAACAUUCUGAGGGAGGGACGCUUGGUUAGUUCUUGUUGUUUCAUGGGGGUCACGGCGCAGAAUGUCAAAUAAGUUAGCGUGUAGUUCUCGGUCACUUUUGGAGAGCAGCCCGAUUGAAGCCAAUGAGACGCCUCCUUGGAAGAUGAGCUGCUCCCUGAAGGAGCGUCUGAGGAGGUCACGGCGCUCCUUCACCUCGCCUUUCGCCGUGGCCAAGCGCCUUUGCGUGGAGGAGGAGGAUGGCCCGGCGCUUCCAGCACAUUCCCAGAUAGCGCACAAUACUAACACAAGCGCUCCACUUGUCAGCCUGUCUGCUGGCGUCAAUGGACAGGAAGUCAGAGCCGGGAGUGAAAAGUUCUCCGUAAUGAUUCCGGGAUGCGUGGGCGGUCAUUCUGAAGACUUUGCACAGCAACGGGAGCGACUCAGCAGGGAGGUGAAGGACAAGACGGAGACCUUACGUCGACUUACGAUGGUGAAGAUGUACAGACGCAAGAAUGACCUCACACAGCUCCAGACCUUGAUCGACAAGUGGCGGCAUUGUGCCCAGGAUGCACUGUAUCAGCUCCAGUCCGACGUCCCGGUUGAUGGACGCAAGGCCGGCCUGUCCGAGCUCAUCGACCUCUUUGGACUGGAUGACAAAAUCCUGCACUUUGACCGCACAGAAGACGAUUUCACUUCCUGAAUGUGCUCUCAAACACACCCACGAGGUUGACAAAGAAAGCUUGGAAGUCCACCACAAUAAGGAAGUCAUCUUUUACGGGUGUAAAAAUCACUCCACAACUGCUCUUCUCUUCAAAGGCUGGAAGGAGCAGGGUGACUUCCUUCCUACAAAUGUUGACAUGAAUGAAAGAAUGAUGGUGUUCUACCUUAGAGGUCCCACUGAAGUCCAAAUGAUGUUUAUUUCACGUUGUAGCUGAGGGCUACUCAAGUCAACUGGAAAUAAAAGCUGCUUGUCUGACUGUU